AUGGAUGAGAUCAACUCGAAGCUCAACGUUUUGAGGAUUGAUGAGGAAAACAUUCAUGAACACGAGAAAUCAAAGCUGCGUGAAUUCAAUCUUAGCGAUGGGAAAAGACUUCUGCUUCACGAUGAACAGGGCUACGAGAAUAAAUUCAAGGAUGGGCGCAGUUUUGAUUACCUCGAGAACACCAACAGCACAAAUAUUGAGUUCAACUACGAUUUCAAGAUUCAUCGCGAUGCAUUGAAGAACUUGAUCGAACAAAAUGCCGAAAUUACUUCAAACCCAAUGUGUGUCUAUCAUAAUCACGUUUGGUGGAUUUAUUCGUAUCGUAUUCUUGUCAUCGGUGGAGCUGAGGAAGAUGGACCAAUUUGUACUGUUGAUCUUCAAAGUGUUAGCGCAAGUUCCUACAAAAAAGAAGUUCCAAAGGGUGGACUUGGCAGCAAUUCUCCCGCGAAACAAGAGGCACCAAAUAUUUUGCAAGGAUGGUUGACUGUAAAAACAGCUGAUGGCGAGAUUUUUCCCAUUCCCACAGAGCUCCGCGAGAAUGGAAUGCGUUCGGUGUCUGGAUGGGCAAUCUCGGUGAACAAAUUGAAGGGAUUGAUGCAAGGCCAUUCGACUAUCGAUCUCAACUGCCGUCUAAUUAUCUCUCGUGCUUAUUUCGAUCCUGUUGCUUUGUUACCCGAACCGAUCUUUGCCGAAUUGGUCAGUCCGACUGCAACUAUGGUUCUGGAUAAAGUUGUUAAGGGUGAAAAGACACCUCAGUGGGAUGUCGUUCUUACUUGUGGAGAAGGUGAACGCAAAGAUUUCUUUGUGCACAAGAGUGUUCUAAGCGAUGCAAGUCCUACGCUGAAACUAGUAAUGGCCAAACGGAUGUCAUGGGCAGGAUGUGAUCUUCUUUCUGUUUCCCACGAGGAUCGCUUCAUCAUCACCAGCAUGGACGAGGAGAAUUUGAUCUUGAUUUUGAAUUUUAUCUACAAACGCAAGAUGAUUUUGCCUCGAUACAAUCAAUUUGCGAAAGUCGGUCGUUUUAUUAAUGCCAAUUUUCCUCGGGAGGUGUUGAUGGGAUUUCUUGUUCAAUGGCAGCGUCUUAUUGUCGAAGAUGUUCUCAAGGCCAAAAAACAAAAUGAGAAUCCGGUGCUUCUUGCCGCUCGUUGUUUGCGUCAUCUGACAUCCAUUUAUUCGACUCCAUAUGGUGCGAUGCCUGUUGCAAAGCGUGUUUGCGUCUCGUUGAUGGCUGAUAUUCUUCAAAUCGUCGACGGACAAGGCGCAAGAAAGAGUUUCGACGAAGAGCUUGAUCUGAUUCCUGGCCUUCAAACUGUGCUCACUCAGCAUAUUGUGUUAGCUGUACAAAAAAUUUCCUUCUUCAUUUCUGGGGUGGCAAAACAAAGCAUCUAC